AUGACAACAGAUACACCCAUCAUCAACCGCGAAACACAACACGAGCGUGUUCAUCUGGCGCUUAAGUAUAUCCUUGGACUUAUCCCUACCGGCGCGACAUCUUUAUUCCCCUUGCUUGCAAAAGAGUUCCCACACAAGCGCGAGUCGAUCUAUGCCCAUACAGUAUACGUCAAAAAUAUCCUCCGCGUCCUAGAAUACGCACCCGUCCUCCGCACACAGAUCCUUGGCCUUGUCAUCGACAGGAUCAUUCAAGUCGAUGUUGAGAUUCAGGUAGAGCUGGAAGAACUGGAGGAUUCGGACACAGAGGUUGCAUACGAUUUUGAUACUGCAGAUGACGACGACGGGAUUUCAGAUGAAUCGGACUCGGACUCGGACGACGAUUCAGAUUCGGGAUCAGACUCGGAUGGCACUCCGGUUGCAGUUUUGGACAUCAAGGAGAUGACAAAGAAGCUCGAUGGCAUGCUAUUCCUGGUCUUUUCAUACCUCGAAGGUUACAUCAACAGCUGCCGGCAUCUUCCUACACAGAAUGGGCGCAUGCCCGCCCCUGUCGAGGAGUUAUUCCUCGUCCUCUUGCAGAUCUUUAUGAACACCAUCUUGCAGACAUUCAAGUCUCGACACACCCAGUUCAUCAUCUUUUACAUGGUCUCGCUUUCACCUCAAUUUUCAGACUACUUCCUGGGCGCUCUCGGCACCAAGAUUCUUGACAAGUCACAACCCGAGGUGAUUCGAGUGUCGGCAGCGGCAUACAUGUCGUCGUUUGUGUCAAGAGCAAAGUACCUCGACAUCCGACAAGUCCUCAUGGUGAUCGACAUGCUUGGCAACUUUGUGUUGGAGUUGGUCGCACAAGUUGAUACAGGAUCGAAUGUACUCCCGGAUGCCGAUCGGUACGCCGUCUUUUACGCCGUCGUUCAAGCUCUGAUGUAUAUUUUCUGUUUCCGCUGGCGAGUUUUGGAGAUUCGGAGCAGCAAGGACGAUUUUGACACUGCUGGUAUGAUUGUCGGCAGCAUGGACUCACCUGAUGUCAAUUCUUCUCGAAGAGUCGGCCGGCAGUGGCAUUCAGGAUUGAACAGUCUUCAGCGAGUCGUCACCAGUCGCCUUAACCCCCUCAAGAUGUGCUCGUCGAAUGUGGUGAAGCAGUUUGCAAGGAUCUCACAGUCGCUUGACUUCAUGUACAUCUACCCGAUUCUGGAACAAAAUAAGAAAAUCUACAUCCCACGACACGCAGCACGGCCAGACUCGGACAUGCUGGGAGCUGGAAGCGGCGGCAACCGCAAUGGGGCUGGAGCUAGCGGUAGUGGCAGUCCAGCGGUGGGUGGGCAGUUGCCCCACGAGCUCGAGACCUUCUUUCCCUUUGACCCUUACCGCCUCCACCGGAGUGCGCCCUUCAUGCAGGGUAUCUACCAAGAGUGGGAGAGCGAGGAUGAGGAUGAAGACGAUGAGGAUGAGGAUGAGUAUGAUGAGGAUGAGGAUGUAGAAUAUGAAUACGAGGAAGACGAUGAUGAGGAGUUGCAGGAUAUCGGUCGUCACAGCGGUUCAAUGAACAGCGAAGGUGAGGACGACGAGGGCGAGGAUGAUGAUGAGGCUGAGAUGAACAAGUCGAUUAUGUCCAUGAGUAUCAGCCCGAGUCCUGCACAUUUCCUCGUCCAAGGAAUAACUGGACGCAAGUGA